AGGGCUACGAUUUUAACUGAGUAUCUAGAUUUAAGAACUGUUUUUUUUUUCACACGGAUGGCUGAGAUCUGAUGUCUCGACUGUAGAACAUCUAUCGAUAUUAAUAAUAAUAUAAUGUUUUCUGCCGGGAGGCUUUUCUUUGUCUUUUCCACUAAAAUAUUUUCCAUUGGAAGAGCUUACAUUUACAACUGCAAGACGAACUUCGGCAAAUCGGGUAUGUCCUUCAAAUCGAUCGCACCGAUGGAAAUGGCAACAGUCGUGGUAGAACUGGAAAGUCACAAACAGCAGGGAAAUUAUGCUGCAGAUAUCUUAUCAAUACAAGAAGCUAGAGUUCGUAUUGGGCCAUAUAUAGAUAAAACACCCAUUCUAUCCUCAACAUCUUUAAAUGUUCUUGCAGGAAGGACUCUUUUCUUUAAAUGUGAAAUCUUCCAGAAGGGUGGAGCUUUCAAAUUUAGAGGUGCUUGCAAUGCUGUGUUUUCUCUUCCAGGGGAUUUGGUAGAGAGGGGAGUUGUGACUCACAGCAGUGGCAAUCAUGCAGCAGCAUUGGCUUUGGCUGCAAAAAUCCGGGGCACUCCAGCUUAUAUUGUAAUCCCAAAAACUGCUCCAGCAUGUAAGGUAGAAAAUGUCAGACGUUAUGGUGGACAGGUCAUUUGGUGUGAACCCACGAUUGAGUCGAGAGAAAGUGUGGCUGCUAGGGUUCAGGAAGAAACUGGUGCUGUAUUGAUCCACCCCUUUAAUGAUGGACGUAUUAUAAGUGGACAAGGUACAAUCUCUCUGGAAUUGUUGGAGCAAGUGGCAGAUCUUGAUGCUAUUGUUGUUCCUAUUAGUGAUUUGCUUGUGGGAAAAAGAGUUCGAGCCCAACACAGAGAACAAAUACAUAAAAAACUUCAAACUGAAGAAUCUGUACAGAUCCCAAUGCAUUUAUCACGUACAGAUUUUUGGGGUGGUUUGAUCUCUGGUGUGGCAAUUGCAGCAAAAGCGUUGAAGCCUGAUAUUCACAUCUUUGCAGCUGAACCAAAAGGUGCAGAUGAUGCUGCUCGAUCGAAAGUAGCUGGUCGGAUCAUAACUCUUCCUGAAACUAAGACCAUUGCUGAUGGAUUAAGGGCUUGGCUUGGAGAUCUGACAUGGCCUAUUGUACGAGAUCUUGUGGAUGAUGUUAUUGUUGUGGAGGAGAGGGAGAUUGUUGAAGCUAUGAAGAUGUGCUAUGAAAUUCUGAAGGUGGUGGUGGAGCCAAGUGGAGCAAUUGGAUUAGCUGCAGUAUUGUCUCGUCAGUUCCAAGAUAGUUUGAGAUGGCUACAUUGCAAAAAAAUAGGAGUUGUGCUUUCUGGGGCCAACAUAGAUCUUGCUGUGCUGUGGGAAUCAUUUCAAAAGUUAUAUUAGACUUUAUUUUCAGAAUGCAAAUGGAAUCAUUUCAAGUUACAUUAAAGUUAAUUUGCAGAUGCAUACAAGAGUAUAUAAUAUCCUAGUACGGAUGCAUGUUUGAAAUACAAGGUAACUUGUUUUGUCUUGUAUGUUAAUUUCUUAAAAAAAUGCAUAUGAUCUAGAAUGAUACCCAAAGAUGUCAUAACUGGUAGCAUUCAAUUCCUCAAAUACAGUGAGUGAUACAACUUGCAAUAACGCAUGUUUGAGUACCACUCAUCAGCUGUUACUUAACAGUGAAAUCAUUGUGACAACAAGUACAGACUGUAGGCCAUGACAAAUCAUGUAACAACCUUGUGGUUCAAGUACACCUGACUUACAUAUUUGUGAACUGAUCAGUUAAUGUCAAUUGAUCAAUAGCUACUUGCACUAACUGAUAAGUCAAUCGAGGAUAUUUUCACUGGCUGUUCAACUAAGUCAAUUAUUGAUGUACUUGCUUGCUGAUUGACAUGAGCAUUGAUCUCUGUCAAUCGAAAGAGCUUAGAGACUGCACUGAAUGUUUGUACUCUUAGAGGAGAGGGAUAGAUGUAGUAUCCCUUGCCAAAUCUGAUUGAAAAUUUCUGAUUUAAAUGCUCAA